AUGACAGACAGAAAGUCCUCCUCAGGUGCUGCCACAGGUGUGAUAUGUGAUAUACAAGAUUUGGAGCCAAAACAGGAGAAGUGUGUGGCAGGGGGAUCAGAGAGAAAGUGGGAGAUCCCAUCUCUCCAGGAUCUGGAGGAGGUUUUACACUCAGCUCCAAGCUCCUGUCGACAUGGAGACGAGGUGUGGCCGAAUCUGUUUCUGGGAGACAUGUUUAUGUCUCAUGACAAGUUUGGGCUCUACCAGCUAGGGAUCACUCAUGUGCUGAAUGCCUCACAUGGUAAACUCUGCUGUAAAGGUAGUGAUGAUUUCUAUGGAACCACAGUGAAAUAUUAUGGAGUCCCUGCCAACGACCUCCCCACAUUUGACCUCUCGCCGUAUUUCUACCCUGCGGCUGAGUUCAUUCACCAGGCUUUGACAUCAGGAGGGAGAGUGUUUGUGCACUGUGCUGUGGGUGUGAGUCGUUCAGCUGCAUUGGUCCUAGCCUACCUGAUGAUUCAUCAUCACCUCAGUCUGUUGUCCUCUAUACGUUGUGUGCAGCAGAAGCGCUGGAUUUUUCCCAACAGAGGCUUCCUGCGACAGCUCAUAGGCCUGGACCAAAAACUGCAGGAUGAUGGUUUAAAUGAGUAAGAAAGCCAGAAACAACCCUCUAUUUC